UCUCUUCAAUUCGUCUUUCCCGUUCUUCUGUCUCUUAUAACCACGCUCCCCCCUCUUGCUCCUCCUAGCAGAUUCAUCGUAUUCUCUCUUCUCUCCCCCCAGUCAACUCUGGACCUCUACCAUAAUCACCGAUGAUGAACUCCGACACGGCACCCCUCCCGGCCUCCUACUGGUGCUACAGCUGCACCCGCUUUGUCCGCCUCUCCGAUCGGGGUGAUGUCGCCUGCCCUCACUGCCAAAGCGGCUUCGUUGAAGAGAUCCACGACCACCCUUCCUCCGAUCAUCACCACCUGAGCCCCUUUCCUCCUCCCAUCUUCCCCGAUUCAGCUCCUACUUCCUACGAUUUCAGCCGACAAGGGUUCCGUCGAAGACGCCGCAACGCCGGCAACAGAUCGCCCUUUAACCCUGUAAUUGUUCUUCGUGGACCCGUCGACGCAACCGCCGGACAGAACGGUGUCGGUGGUGACCAGGAGGAAAGCAGCUUCGAGUUGUACUACGAUGACGGGGACGGCUCUGGUCUCCGACCCUUGCCGCCGACCAUGUCUGAGUUCUUGUUAGGGUCAGGGUUCGAACGGCUUCUGGAGCAGUUUGCUCAGAUCGAAAUGAAUGGGUUCGGGCGUUCCGAGAACCCGCCCGCUUCCAAAGCAGCCGUAGAGUCGAUGCCCACGGUCGUUAUUGAGGAGACCCAUGUGGGUUCCGAUGCCCACUGUGCCGUGUGCAAGGAGGCGUUUGAACUGGGUACGGAGGCGCGUGAGAUGCCCUGCAAGCACAUAUACCACUCAGACUGCAUCCUCCCGUGGCUUUCAAUGCGCAAUUCGUGCCCCGUGUGCCGCCAUGAGCUGCCGUCAGAUCGGAACACAGUGGACAGUAGAAUGUCGGGGCAAAUCGAUGACGAAACAGUAGGAUUGACGAUUUGGAGGCUGCCUGGCGGGGGCUUCGCGGUUGGGAGGUUCUCUGGUGGUCGCAGAGCCGGUGAGAGUCAUUUCCCUGUUGUAUACACAGAAAUGGACGGAGGACUCAAUGCAAACGGAGCUCCGAGAACAGUUUCCCGAGCAGCGAGAAGCACCAGAGUCAGAGAAAGUCGUGGCUUUGGCAGAAUCGUUCGCAACUUCUUGUCAUUCUUUGGGAGGCGCCGGUCAAGGUCAAGUUCAAGUUCAAGUUCAUCAGCUGGUUCUGAGCGCGAGUCCAUGAGCAUAAGUCGUAGCCAUUCGAUCUCAUUAUUCGGUAGGAACUCGAGGAGGCGCAGCAGAACUUGGGUCUUGGAAGAUUGAAUUUGGAAAUAGCAAUUUUGGGAAGAAAAUUAUUGAUUUGGGACACCAUUUUCAGGGAAGAGAUUCAUUCUGUACAUAGCAUAGAACUAUCAAGUAUAAAUUUUUAAUUCUGCAUCAAUUAGCGGAUCUGUGAAAGAUUACGAAAUGGGUCUGACGACUUGAUUCGGUAGAUUGCAAUUUUUGUGGGAAAGAAACGUGCGCUACUUCACAUUGCUAGCUGGCAGUGAUGGUGUUGGUAGCUGAGAGAACCGACGGAGCACACAGCUAUGGAUUCAAAGAAGAAGCGAAAGCGAUGCUUAUGACCCCGUGCUCUAAAUUAUUGAUUCGCCCAAUCGCCCAUGCCAAGUUUAUCCCGUCGCAUAUUCAUUGUAAUCAUUCGUUCAAGAUAGAUUAUGUUUUUUAAUUUCUUGGCAUAAGAUGCCGCUUCCAGUUUGCAGUAUAGAAUGGUUGUGACAAAUUGUGGAGAAUAAAAUAACUGCAAUUGUUGAUA